AUGUCAUCACCGAAUAAACCUCCGGCGGAAGCCGUGCGAUCACCGUCGGCGGUCCUUCGCCAGCCUGCCUCCCCGCGCUUCCCUUCCGGCACGCCCUCCGGGUCCCAACGAAAGAUCGCGAUUGCCGUGGAUCUCAGCGAUGAGAGCGCUUUCGCCGUGAAGUGGGCUGUUCAUAACUACCUUCGUCCGGGCGAUGCUGUUGUCCUCCUCCACGUCCGGCCCACCUCCGUACUUUACGGCGCCGAUUGGGGUGCAACCGAUGUCUCUGUUGACGCGGCUGAUGAGAAAUCUCAGCAGGAGCUCGAGGACGAUUUCGAUAAUUUCACCACCACUAAGGCGAAUGAAUUGGCGCAGCCCUUGGUGGAGGCGAAUAUUCCGUUCAAGAUACGUAUAGUGAAAGAUCAUGAUAUGAAGGAGAGGCUGUGUUUGGAAGUGGAGAGGCUCGGGUUGAGUGCGGUGAUCAUGGGAAGCCGAGGAUUUGGGGCGUCGAGGAGGAGCGCGAAAGGGAGGCUUGGGAGUGUGAGUGAUUACUGUGUGCAGCACUGCGUGUGCCCAAUUGUGGUGGUGAGGUAUCCCGAUGAGAAAGAUGGGGGCUUUGCUAAUGCUGCUGGUAUUGGCAAUGGGGGUUCAGCUAAGGCGGUCGAUAAGGAUGAUUUGAGUCUGCAUCCAGUGCCCGAGGAGCCGGAGUACCAUGAUGCUUCAGACAAAACUACAGAUUUGGAUAAAACUUCUUGA